UCUUACGCAACCCUGUACUGAUCACCUGACAACUGGUAGAAAAAGUCACACAUAACUUCACAAGAACCUUGAAAAUGUUGUUUUAAGUAGCUCUCCUGCUCACUGCCUGCAUCCACAUUUACUCACCUCUCCCCCACCUGUUCCUGAGACACUCCGUGCUUUGCUGCUGGGCUUAAAAAACAAGUGUUAUUCAUCUAGCCUAACCAAACUACAGCUCUGACAUAAGGAGGACGAACACACAGGUUCUCCCUCUGUUUCAGAGAGUCACCUUGGCCUGUUUCUGGAGAUAUCACCUAUUAAUAGAGUACCUUUCCAUUCUGUUGCAAAUUUCUAUCUAUCUGAAGGUAAAACUACUGAACCUGUCAAUUGUAGUAUGGAACUGCAGAAUUUAUCCAAAGGUAAUCAACACCAUGAAGCUGAUGUGCCUAAGGAGGGAGGAUUUUGUAGAGUUCCACCGGAGAAAGCAAAGUUCCUGCAUCACAAGAGCAACGCACCAAGUCAGUUUACAGAUUUUGAGGGUAAAACCUCCUUUGCAAUGUCUGUCUUCAACUUGAGUAAUGCCAUCAUGGGCAGUGGCAUUCUGGGUCUGUCAUAUGCCAUGUCAAACACUGGCAUAGUCCUUUUCCUGAUCCUGUUGACAUGCAUUGCUUGUCUUUCAUGUUAUUCCAUCCAUUUGUUGCUAUGCAGUGCUGCAGUUGUGGGUAUCAGAGCCUAUGAACAGCUUGGUCUCAGAGCUUUUGGUCCUUCAGGGAAGAUUCUAGCAGCUGUCAUCAUAACAUUACAUAACAUUGGAGCCAUGUCAAGCUACCUGUUCAUAGUAAAAUAUGAGUUACCAUUGGUUAUCCAAACCUUUCUUGGCCAGUCAGCCAGCUCUGACAACUGGUUCAUGAAUGGAAACUACCUCAUCAUCAUUGUCACCAUCUGCAUCAUCCUCCCGCUGGCCCUUAUGAAACACCUGGGGUAUCUUGGCUACAGCAGUGGAUUCUCUCUUUGCUGCAUGGUCUUCUUUCUCUCUGUGGUCAUCUACAAGAGAUUCAACAUCUCCUGUCCUCUGGAAGUGUUUGGUAACUUCUCUGUGAACACAUCUCUCCCAGACGACACAUGCACCGCCAAAUUCUUCACCAUCAACCAUGAGACAACAUAUACCAUCCCCAUCCUGGCGUUUGCUUUUGUAUGUCACCCUGAAGUUCUUCCAAUCUACACUGAACUGAGCAACCCAACCAAAAGAAGAAUGCAGAACAUUGGCAAUGUUUCCAUCCUGGGAAUGUUCAUCAUGUACUUCUUAACUGCCAUAUUUGGCUAUCUGACCUUCUAUGAGAACACUGAAGCAGAGCUCCUCCAUACCUACAGUAAGGUGGACCUCCUGGACUCUCUGAUCCUGUGUGUUCGAUUGGCUGUCCUGGUGGCUGUCACGCUGACUGUACCUGUGGUCUUGUUUCCCAUCCGCCGUGCCCUCCUGCAGAUACUGUUUCCAGGGAAGCCCUUCCACUGGCUUCGUCAUAUUGCCAUUGCAGUGUGUCUGCUGUUUUCUGUCAACCUGCUGGUCAUCUUUGUUCCCAAUAUUCGAUAUAUCUUUGGCAUAAUUGGAGCCACCACUGCUCCCAGUCUGAUCUUUAUCCUUCCUGGACUGUUCUACAUCCGCAUCAUCCCCUCUGACCAGGAGCCUAUGAACUCCAGACCAAAGAUACAGGCUUCAUGUUUCACAGCGCUGGGCUUCAUAUUCAUGACCAUGAGUCUGACAUUCAUCGGGAUUGACUGGUUGAUUGGAGAAAACCGAAGUCACGGUGGCCAUUAAAGAGCAGUCCUUUGGAGACCAAGAGAGAUUCAAUCUACCGCAGAAAGGAUCAUGGCUUCAAUAGUGAUAUAGACAGUCAAUUCCUCAAGAGUGUAAAAAAGAACCAAACAUAGUCCUGUUACUAUGUCAAGUUGAUAUAUACAGUGCCUUGCAUAAGUAUUCACCCCCUUUGGACUUUUCUACAUUUUGUCAUGGUAUAACCACAGAUUAAAAUGUAUUUCAUCGUGAGUUUAUGUAAUGGACCAACACAAAAUAGUGCAUCAUUUGGAAGUGGGGGGAAAUAUUACAUGGAUUUCACAAUUAUUUACAAAUAAAAAUCUGAAAAGUGUUGAGUGCAUAUGUAUUCACCCCCUUUACUGUGAAACCCCUAACAAAGAUCUGGUGCGACCAAUUGCAUUCACAAGUCACAUUUGCAAGUCACAUAAUUAGUAAAUAGGGUCCACCUGUCUGCAAUUUAAUCUCAGUAUAAAUACACCUGUUCUGUGACGGACUCAGAGUUUGUUGGAGAUCAUUACUGAACAAACAGCAUCAUGAAGACCAAGGAGCUCACCAAACAGGUCAGGGAUAAAGUUGUGGAGAAAUAUGAAGCAGGGUUAGGUUAUAAAAAAAUAUCCAGAGCUUUGAACAUCUCUCUGAGCACCAUAAAAUCCAUCAUAAGAAAAUGGAAAGAAUAUGGCACAACCGCAAACCUACCAAGAGGAGGCCGUCCACCCAAACUGAAGAGUCGGACAAGGAGAAAAUUAAUCAGAGAAGCAACCAGGAGGCCCAUGGUUACUCUGGAGGAGUUGCAGAGAUCCACAGCUGAGGUGGGAGAAUCUGUCAGGACAACUAUUAGUGGUCUACUCCACAAAUCUGGCCUUUAUGGAAGAGUGGCAAGAAGAAAGCCAUUGUUGAAAGGGAUCCAUAAAAAAAUCCCGUUUGGAGUUUGCCAGAAGCCAUGUGGGAGACACAGCAAACGUGGAAGAAGGUGCUCUGGUCAGAUGAGACCAAAAUUGAACUUUUUGGCCUCAAUGCAAAACGCUAUGUGUGGCGAAAACCCAACACUGCCCAUCACCCUGAGCACACCAUCCCAACAGUGAAACAUGGUGGUGGUAGCAUCAUGCUGUGGGGAUGCUUCUCUUCAGCAGGUACAGGGAAACUGGUCAGAAUAGAGGGAAAGAUGGAUGGAGCCAAAUACAGGGAAAUCCUUGAAGAAAAUCUGAUGCAGUCUGCAAAAGACUUGAGACUGGGGCGGAGGUUCAUCUUCCAGCAGGACAAUGACCCUAAACAUACAGCCAGAGCUACAAAGGAAUGGUUUGGAUUAAAGAAUGUUAAUGUCUUAAAAUGGCCCAGUCAAAGCCCAGACCUCAAUCCAAUAGAGAAUCUAUGGCAAGACUUGAAGAUUGCGGUUCACAGACUGUCUCCAUCCAAUCUGACUGAGCUUCAUCUUUUUUGCCAAGAAGAAUGGACAAACCUUUCCAUCUCUAGAUGUGCAAAGCUGGUAGAGACAUACCCCAAAAGACUUGCAGCUGUAAUUGCAGCGAAAGGGGGUUCUACCAAGUAUUGACACAGGGGGGUGAAUACUUAUGCACCCAACAGAUGUCAACUUUUUUGUUCUCAUUAUUGUUUGUGUCACAAUAAAAUGUAUUUUGCACCUCCAAAGUACUAUGCAUGUGUUGUUGAUCAAACGGGAAAAAGUUUAUUUAAGUCUAUUUGAAUUCCAGUUAGUAACAGUACAUAAUGGGAAAAAGUCCAAGGGGGGUGAAUACUUAUGCAAGGCACUGUAUAUAUAUAUAUAUAUAUAUAUACCACCACGAUGUUAUCAAAUGUGUUCCCCCUUUGUUCUGUAUGAGGAGUUGAUGAACAUGUUGACCAUGGAAGUCAAGAGGAGCUAUAUGUGUUGUAUUGUAACUGCAAUAUUCACAGCAAAUUGGGCCAAUGUCUUCUGUAGCUAUACGGUGUUUACUAAAAAAACAUUAAAAUAAAGACCCCUCAGAAAUUCGAAAUCUGAUAACAUUCUUAAAUGCAUUCAGAUAAUUCACUUCAAUUGAUGGAUACGUUUUGAAGGACACUAAACCUCAUUGCCAAGCAUCUUGUAUGGCAGCCAUUUUGCCUUGAAAAGUAAAUUGAAAAAUACAUUUUGUCUGCUAAAUGUUGCUUAUCCAUAUUUAAUCUAAUUAAUAGCUUCUUAACAAUUGUUUAAGCAGGAGAUGUAUGCAUUGUUUUUACAAAGCUGCCAACUUUUAAAAAAACCUUGGAGUUAGAUUUUGUCGGGGGUGACCAAAAUUUGGUAGCGCACGCAGCCACACACAUUGGUGGCUCAAAUAUCAGGGAAUUGGAAUUAAUUUGGCGUUGUAUCCAUGUUGUGCCCUGCAUUCUGGUGGUUUGUGGGGCCCGAAGUCGUUGAUAGGGGCCGCCUACUGGAGAUGGACAACAUUGGUUACAUUCUGUGAAGCAAAGACAUAGCUGAAGGUCCACCCCCAGGAAAUUUUGGUUUAAGUAGAUUCCUUCCUGCAUUCUAGUGGAUUUUUGGGUGGUAUGCUCAAGAUGUGCAAUACCUGAACUUAUUCUGAUUCAUGUUCCUCUGAUCAUGACUUGUAGGGCCUUCUAGAUUUGAGCUGAACAUUCACCAGAAAACUAUUGUUGUGCCUCAAUGACUGUCUAUGUACCACAAUAAAGCCUUAUUAAUA